UGGUCACAAACAAUCAUGGCGUCGCACGGGGAAGAUGUUCCUGAGGACGAAACAGAGAAAAAACCAGCCCCGCUGUCCUUUGGAUUUACUAAAACAGUUAGCAAAUUCAAACCUUCCUCUGUGGAAGGAGUGACAGACAGGGAGGAGAAAGAUUACUUGACGGGAAUUGACGGGAAAGAGUUGCUGAGUACCAAGCCCUCAGAGAAGCCCAAAGAGCUGAUCAUCCCUCUGAUCCAGAAGAACCGCUGGCACCACCGUGCGGACCGAGCGACGCCCAGCGAGCCGAGCGCCGCGACUGAAGCCAAAACACAGGAAGCCAAAACACAGGAAGCUGCUCCGGAGAAUGACUCUGUGGAGUCCCAGGCCGUCAAAGAGCUCAUUGAAGAUUCUCGGAGGCAGCUGGAGGAAUGGCAGAACGGCCCUCAGGCAGAGAACCUGAACCUCUACAUCCCCCUGCUGAUGCAGAACCAAGUCCCUGAGGGCUUCGAGGACGGAGACCAUGUGAAGGUGGAUCUGAGGCCUGAAUCCUCGACAGAGGCGGACUAUGCGUGUGUUCCUGUGGAGGCGUAUGGCAUCGCCAUGCUGAAAGGGAUGGGCUGGAACAAAGAGGAAGGCAUCGGACGCACCUUCAAACAGCAUGUGAUCCCGAUCGAGAGCCAGCUCCGCCCCAAAGGUCUGGGUCUGGGUGCCGAUCGUGCCGCCAUAAAGGACCUGGAGCCCACCAAACACAAGCGCCCCCCCAAGCCUGGUGAGGAGAGGGAGAAGGAGGAGGAGCUGGUGAUGGGGCCCGGGGGCUUCGUGCUGGUGCAGUCAGGGGCCCACAAAGAGCUGUACGGCAAGAUUGAAGGCUUGGACCCCGAUAACGCCCGUGUGGUGGUGAAGCUGGCCAUCGGGGGUCGGUCUGCCACCAUCAGCCAGCACGCUGUGAAGCUGGUGGGACGUACAGAAUACGAGAAAAACUGCAAAGACCUCACUCGCCUCAGUAGAGCCCACAAAGAGAAGGAGAAGGAGAAGGAGCGAGAGAAGGAGAAGGAGCAGCAGAGACAGGAGGAGAAGGAGAGCCGGAGUAAAGACGAGAGGAAGAGGAAACACAGAGAAUCCAGUCAGGACAGAGACAAGCCUCCGGUGAAAGAGGCGAGGCGACCCCCGCCCCCCCCUUCCUGGCUCCAGAGGGAUUUGAAGGUUCGCUUCAUAGACAAAUCCUUCAAAGGGGGCAAAUACUACAACUCAAAGAUGUGUGUGGAGGACGUCCUCUCACCAUCAACCUGUAUCUGUCGAACUGACGAGGGGCGGCUGAUAGACGAUGUGAAGCAGGGCAUGCUGGAAACCAUCAUCCCCAAACUCGAGUCCGAGUCUAUAAUGGUUGUCCUGGGCGAGCACAGAGGACAGGUGGGCCGUAUCCUCCAGCGGGACAAGAACAAGUGCCGCGCGAUGGUGCAGCUCGACCGACACGAGGAGAAAGUGUUCAUGCUGGAUUAUGACAUCAUCUGUCAGUACGUAGGGGAGACGGACCACUGACUCAAAUAUCCCCCCCAUCGUCACACCUCUAAAUGUUGUUACUU